AUGUCGGCGGAUUUGAGUCUGGAGGCGCUGGAGUCGCGGCUUGUGACGUUCACACAGCAGCUACAGAACAUCCAUGAGCUUCUGCAGAGCGACCCGACAAAUGCUGAGUUCUUGGGUAUCGCCAAAGACCUCGUGGAGGUCAUCCAGCUGACCAAGGAGGCGAUCGAUUUCAAGGUAAAUGCUCCAUUGUCCUCCCAAAUUCCAGAGCCACAGAAGCCCCAGCAACCUCGUCAGGAGUCUUUAAAUCUUGAGCUGAAAUAUAUACCUGGCUCAGUGGUCGAAGCUCUGCAGCAAGGAGUCUGGUAUCCAGCUCACGUGGAUUCGGUAACAAGUGACGGUAGCUACAACGUCAAGUUCCUGGGCUUCGGCACCACUGCUGAGCUUAAAGAAGACGCACUUAGAGCCGUUGAAGUGGACGAGGAAGAAGCUGCCAAGCUGCCAGCUAAGGAAUCUAUUACAGAGGGCUUCAAGUGUCAGGCUAAGUACUACGCGGACGCUGUAGUAUACCCCUGUUCGGUCACAAAGGUCACCGAGUUGGGCUUUCAGGUGCUGUUUGACGGCUAUGGCAACUCGGAAGAGGUCCCGUACGAGUAUUUGAGACCUACAGUGCUGCUGCAGACGGAGGUAGGCGCUGAUACCGCUCAGACUAGCCCUACUAACGCAGUUGAUGGUGCUACUGCGCCUGCUGAUGCUACUACAGCGCCGAAAGUGGCUCCGGCAGUGAUCCACAAGGCCAUCAAGAUUCCGGAAAACCUGCAGAUCUUACCUACGGACACGGAAGCUGAAAAGGAACGUAAACGUAAACGUAUCCGUGCGAUUAAGAGUCUGAACCGACACAAAACCAUUGACAACGAACGUAACAUCAAGCAGCACGACUGGAAGGCGUUCCAGCACAAGGCCAAGAAGAAAGGGAUGAAGAAAGGUGUCAGUGGAGUGCUCUCUAAGCGCGGUUCGAGUAUGUUUGCUUCCCCCGAGACGGUACAAGGUCGUGUGGGUGUUGUGGGCAGUGGCCAAGGCAUGACGAGCUUCCAGGAUACACGGAUCAAGAAGCCGAAGCACUCUUAA